AUGGGCGCGAACAAUGGCAAACAGUACGGCAGUGAGGGCAAAGGCAGCUCAAGCAUCUCAUCCGACGUGAGUUCAAGUACAGAUCACACACCAACCCAAGCCCAGAAGAAUGUGGCUACCAGUGAAGACUCCGACCUGAGCAUGCGCACCCUGAGCACGCCCAGCCCAGCCCUGAUAUGUCCACCGAACCUGCCGGGAUUCCAGAAUGGAAGGGGCUCCUCCACCUCCUCGUCCUCCAUCACGGGGGAGACGGUGGCCAUGGUCCACUCGCCGCCCCCGACCCGCCUCACCCACCCGCUCAUCCGGCUGGCCUCCAGGCCGCAGAAGGAGCAGGCCAGCAUCGAGCGGCUCCCGGACCACUGCAUGGUGCACGUCUUCUCCUUCCUGCCCACCAACCAGCUGUGCCGCUGCGCCCGCGUGUGCCGCCGCUGGUACAACCUGGCCUGGGACCCGCGGCUCUGGAGGACUAUCCGCCUGACGGGCGACACCAUCAACGUGGACCGCGCCCUCAAGGUGCUGACCCGCAGGCUGUGCCAGGACACGCCCAACGUGUGUCUCAUGCUGGAGACCGUGACGGUCAGCGGCUGCCGGCGGCUCACGGACCGGGGCCUCUACACCAUCGCCCAGUGCUGCCCCGAGCUCCGGCGCCUGGAGGUCUCAGGCUGUUACAACAUCUCCAACGAGGCCGUGUUUGACGUGGUGUCCCUCUGCCCCAACCUGGAGCACCUGGACGUGUCAGGGUGCUCCAAAGUGACCUGCAUCAGCUUGACCCGGGAGGCCUCCAUUAAACUGUCCCCCUUGCAUGGCAAACAGAUUUCCAUCCGCUACCUGGACAUGACGGACUGCUUCGUGCUGGAGGACGAGGGCCUGCACACCAUCGCGGCGCACUGCACGCAGCUGACCCACCUGUACCUGCGCCGUUGCGUCCGCCUCACCGACGAGGGCCUGCGCUACCUGAUGAUCUACUGCCCGUCCAUCAAGGAGCUGAGUGUCAGCGACUGCCGCUUCGUCAGCGACUUCGGCCUGCGGGAGAUCGCCAAGCUGGAGGCGCGCCUGCGGUACCUGAGCAUCGCGCACUGCGGCCGGGUCACCGAUGUGGGCAUCCGCUACGUGGCCAAGUACUGCGGCAAGCUGCGCUACCUCAACGCGCGGGGCUGCGAGGGCAUCACGGACCACGGCGUGGAGUACCUCGCCAAGAACUGCACCAAGCUCAAGUCCCUGGACAUCGGCAAGUGCCCCCUGGUCUCGGACACGGGCCUGGAGUGCCUGGCCCUGAACUGCUUCAACCUCAAGCGGCUCAGCCUCAAGUCCUGCGAGAGCAUCACGGGCCAAGGGCUGCAGAUCGUGGCGGCCAACUGCUUCGACCUGCAGCUGCUCAACGUGCAGGACUGCGAGGUGUCGGUGGAGGCCCUGCGUUUCGUGAAACGCCACUGCAAGCGCUGCGUCAUCGAGCACACCAACCCUGCCUUCUUCUGA